AUGGGAAGAAUUACAAGAAGCAAUGCAAAGACAAUAACUCAUAAUACUACCGCUUCUCGAAGAGCUAAACAAUUAACUGAUUCAAAGAAACCUUCAGCGAGAAAGUCUAAAGCGAUAGAAAGUUUGGUAUCAAACGUGUUGAAAAAAGCAAAUGAUAGCAGAAACAAAUCUCAGGGCCAAUUGAUUAAUAACUCAUCUUUAAUAGGUAGAAAUAAACUUAUUAAUAUUGAUGAAAUAAAAAGUACUAAUAAGAAUGCAUGUAAAAUUUUAAAUGACGAUGAUGAAAAUAACAGCUCAAAUACAAAAUUAGAACAGCAUGCUGUCUUAAAACCAGAUGGUAGAAAUAAAGCCGCGAACAAUAAUUUAGGUAUUGACCGAGUUUCCAGGUAUUCAAAAAGGAAUAAUGCUGCUCUUUCCGCACAGGAAGUUAAAAUCACUAUUGCGAAUGAUCAGAAAGAAGUGCUUGAUGAAAUAAAUGUCAUAGAAAAAGAGGCAGCGACAACAAUUGGAAUGCAAUUUUCUAAUGCCAUUUCCAAUAAAACACCAGUUUAUAAAAAAAAUAUAAGUAAUAAUAUUACAAGUUCCAGGCGAAUAACACGCCAAAUUGAUCACUUGUAUGAUUUAGAUGUAUCUAAUGAGCCUUUAAAAGCAUUUAAGAAAACUCGUGAUGGCUUUAAAUUGAAAAAAACUAUACAACACAGAACACAAAAACCAAAGAAAUGCAUAAAAUCUAAUCAACCAUUACCAGAAAAUAAAAAAGAUAGUACUAAAAAAGUUAUUGGUACAGAAAAAAUGCUUGAACUAAGUAGUAUGGGAAAACAAACAGAGACCGAUAAUUAUAGCCCUGGAGGAUAUGAAAAUAGUAUUGAAAUCAAUGAAAAUAUGCACACAAAUAAAGAGAUCCAAUCUGUCAAUGAGAUAGACAUGGAUGACCACUCUCACAAUGAUUUGGACGAUAUUGAUACUCUGAGUGAUGUCUGGCCUAUGAUUUCUACACCCAUAUCAAAUAUGAAAAACAUGAGAAAAAACCUGCAUGAAUCCGUGAAUUUUGGUUCACCCAUAAAUAAUAAUUCAAAAACAGAAAAUGCUUAUAAUACUCCUUGGAGAGUAAUGGGUUUUGAAAGUAAUAGAUUACCUGCAAAUUUUCCUGUUAAAAAAUCAUUGUUGCCUAAUUACCAAAAAGAUACAUCAUUAAGAUUUUCUACAUUAGGAUCAGAAACAUUAAAGACAAGUCUUCCACAAAAAAUUUCACCAGUUAAAUUAUUUGAAGAUGACUUUACAGCACAUGAUAAUUAUAUUUUGAAGACUCAGAACUUAUUGAAUCCACAAAAAAGUCUAAUAAUGAGCAAUUCUUCUGUAAAUGAAAAUGAAGAAAGUAUUGAGAAUGAAAUAUUGAAUGAAGAAGUAAUAGCAAAUAAUUGCGAAGAAAAUAGAAAUCAAAUUAAUGUUUCUAAAAGUAAAUCUUUCGAUAAAGAAAAUAAUCCGGAUAGUAUCAAUAAUAUAUUUAGCUUUGAUUCUAUAAAUGAAGAAAAUAGAAAUCAAACUAAAGGUAAAUCUUUCGAUAAAGAAAAUAAUCCGGAUAGUAUCAAAAAUAUAUUUGGCUUUGAUUCUAUAAAUGAAGAUGUAAAUGUUUUGAAGGAAGUUAAUGAAAAUGUGCCUAGAACAACUAGAGUUUCUUUAAGAGAAAUUAAAAAUAGACAGAUAAUCAAUCCAUAA